AUGGCUAGUGAAGAUGACCCUGCAGAAAGAAUAUGGUCAAUGUUCUCUGAUGCUAAAUACAACAAAUGCUAUAAGUUGUACAAAGAGGCCGAUGAAGCGUUUACUGAGAGUCAGCUGGACACGCUGGAGAAACUAACUCUACAGUACCAUAUGAUGAAGGACUCACGUAUAACAAUCACAGAGGUUCUACAGAGAAGAAUGGAAAGCUUAAAAGAAGGUCAGCGUGAGCUACGUGUUUACAUAGCAGGAGAGGUAGCAGUUGGUAAGUCGACCUUUCUGAACUUACUGAUGGGGGGAGACUACUUACCCACCGACCACGGAAGCUGUACAAACGUUCUCUGUGAGGUUCACAAUAAUCCAGUGAGACUAGGGAUCAUACAUUACGGAACAGGACAACGUAUAGAUAUCAUUCUAACACCAGACUGCAAUUCUGCCGAAUGGAAAAGAAUUCAAACCUGUAUUAGAAACAAAACCGAUAAUCAAAACAGUGUUACAAAAGUCGAAAUAUACUGGCCAUUGACGAUUUUCAAGAGUAUGCAUCAGACAGAGCUUAAGGAACCGGGACGACAUACCAGUGGUAGUAUUGAUGUGGCAUCUGACUUGUUGGAAAUUAUAAGUCCUAGGAGGGGAAAACUACCCAUUAUAUUUAUGGAUUUCCCUGGCGUCGAUCCGGACCAUCAAGAAUUGUUUCAGCCUUAUCUUCGAAAUGUUGACAAGUGCCAUACAUUCAUAUUCAUGAUUGACAUACACAGAGAUCAUGGAAUACACGGACCUACGCUGCAAAAGUUGAUGUCUGAUAUAUCUGAUGUAAUCGCAUUGGAAAAUUCAACUUUGGAUCCUCAGACAGCACUGUUUGUCUGUACAAACUGCCCAAAAAGUAUCAGUAAAGACGAGAGAAGAAAAUCGGAUCUUACAGACAAGAUACUUGCCAGAAUUCAAAUGAGUUGGCCAAUGGUGGUGAGGAAACAGAUCAUUUUCAUUGACGAUAUGACAGAGGUUGGUACCAUUUCUACACGUAUGAAAUCUAGGGCAAAUACCUUGAUGAAUCUUCAGAGAGAUAUCGUAGAUUUCUUAAUGAAAUCUGAACGCUUGUUAUUGGAGGAGCACUGCAUGUGGUUAACACGUUUGCUUGAAUGUACGUCCGCCUUUAUGAAAUUUGGAAACCAAUGGAAAUCAAUGGAAGAUGUUAUUCGGAUUGACGCUAAAACUCAUGAAUCCUUAGAAAAUGUAUUUUCUUUUCUUGAUCGUUUGACAACUGAUUCAAGCAUAACGAAUGAAAUGAAAAACAUUCAAAAGAUAUACGAAGACAAGAUAAGUAGAUAUUUAGAUCAUGAAAUACGAAUGGACGAACUUACAAUUACGGAUGUAAUGUCCUUGAGGGAUAGAAUAAGCCCCGCCCUUAAAAGUUUUCAACAGGCUUGUGAAAUAGAGAUGGAAAACACAUUGACAAGGCUAAGGAAAGAAAUUCAAGAAAAACUGAUAUACGGGAAAUUUCAAGGAACCGUAACACAAGAUGAGAAUUCCUUGUUUUAUAACGACAAGAUCGUCUUACCGUUUGUUGCACUAUUUCUAUGGCCUGUUGGACUGGGAAUAGCUGCUUUUGCCAUCUACGAAUUUGCAGCGUCAAUAAUGGAGAAUGAUAGCAUAUCUAAACAAAAUCUCAUCAAAAAGGUGGUGGUCAAAAUCAAAGAAAAUAUGGACUGUAAGUUAAAUAAGAUUGUUCAAGAAAUGAAUAGACAUAGAAUUGAACUUGUAAAUAUUCUAAACCAAAACAAAAAUUUUGCUUCGUCAGAGGGAAACACAGAUCGCUCGUCCGUUUCUAGGAGAUUUAAUGACAUCGCCAAAAGUCUUUGGGACGUCUAUGUUGGUUCCAUUAUGCAACAUGAAUUUUCCUCAGAUGAGAUAAUAGUGCACUAUGACCAAGGAAUAAGUCAACAUAAUCUGAAAGUAAAUGUUUAUAAAGCUACAAUAAAAUCGCAAAAAAUUGAAAAGUAUGCCGUAAAGGAAAUUCAAAUGAAACUCCGAGGAACAUGCGCGGAGGGAUCAACACAGGAGAAAGGGGGCGAUAAAACAUCCUUACCUUGCGACUCCUCAGUUUUUCGGGAAAGAUAUUUGUUAAAACAUUUGUCGUUGAAGAAAGCUGAUGAAGAUUUUCCUUUCUUUGUACAUUAUGAAGGCUCCGCUGGUCACGUUGAAAAGGGCCAUUAUAAUUUACAACUUGUUAUGAAGAGGUACAGAGGCAGCCUUGUAGAUGUACUUAAAUGUGCUGACCUAAUCAGAAGAAUCAAAUAUGCAAAAGCAGCUGCACGAGGACUUCGAUUUCUCCACAAACAUCAAGUUAUACACAGAGAUGUUAAACUCUCCAACUAUUUGGUUGAUGAUGACGACAAUGUUGUUAUCUGUGACGUAGGACAUUCAAAACACAUUGAUACUGUCCAGACAAUUCUUGGUCGCGGAACAUUGAUAUAUUUGGCUCCAGAACUUCGAGAUUCCUCGAUAUUUUUACAUACCAAAGCAUCCGAUAUAUAUUCAUUCGGACUUACACUAUGGGAAUUGAUUAAUGGUGAGCGUAUAAAUCCCGGGAGAUUUGUGGAAGACAAAAUCUUAAGACGAAACUGGGGAGAAGUGGACAAUUUAAUUCGGAAAAGCUUGAAUCCAAACCCCAAACAAAGACCCACAAUAUUUGAAGUUGUAUCUCAACUCAAUAUUAUUUUUCCAAACUGA